AUGUUCGCGUUUUACGCUUGUUCUUUUUUGUUUAUUUUAUUAUGUUUGGGUUUUGUUUCGGGUCAACAUAACACAACGAUACCUUGUUAUGAUCACACGGGAAAGGCACAGAGAUGCGUUCCAGAAUUUGGUAAUGCUGCAUUUAAUGUAUUAGUCGAAGCAACAAACACAUGCGGUAUGAACGGACCUACAAAUUAUUGCAUACAAACGGAAUCAAGUCAAAAAUAUUGCGGUUUUUGUUUUCCUCCCGGAAGUCAAGAGGGAGAAUCGCAUCCCCCGGAAUAUUUAACGGAUUUCAAUAACGAAAGAAAUCAAACAUGGUGGCAAUCGGAAACAAUGCUCGAAGGAAUUCAAUAUCCGAAUCAAGUUAAUUUAACAUUACAUUUACUUAAAGCAUAUGAUAUAACUUAUGUUCGACUUCUUUUCCAAUCGCCAAGACCGGAAAGUUUUGUCAUAUAUAAAAGAACAACACAUGAUGGACCAUGGAUUCCUUAUCAGUAUUUCAGUGCAACGUGUAGAGAUACGUACGGUCUUCAGCAGCAGGUUUUUGCAAGGAGAGGAGAUGAAACGAGAGCAUUUUGCACUUCUGAAUAUUCCGACAUGACGCCUUUAACGGGAGGUAGCGUGCCAUUUUCAACGUUGGAGGGUAGGCCGUCAGCAUAUAAUUUCGAUAACAGUCCAGAAUUGCAAGAAUGGGUCACGGCCACGGAUAUAAGGAUAACGUUCGAUCGUUUGAACACGUUCGGAGAUGAAUUAUGGAAAGAUCCCGUAGUUUUAAAAUCGUAUUUUUAUGCCGUCAUGGAUUUGGCUGUCGGAGCGAGGUGUAAAUGUAACGGUCAUGCGUUCGAAUGCCCCUUGGUCGGAAACGGAUGGGAAAGACGUUGUAGGUGCGAACAUAACACAGCCGGACCGGAUUGCAAUGAAUGUUUACCCUUUUAUAAUGAUGCACCUUGGAGCAGAGCUACCAAAACUGAUGCUCACGAAUGUCGAGCUUGCAAUUGCAACGGUUAUUCAAAUCGCUGUUAUUUUGAUAAAGAGCUGUACGAACAAACCGGUCACGGUGGUCAUUGCAUUGAUUGCGUGGGAUUCAGAGAUGGUCCCAAUUGUGAAAGAUGUAAAGAAAAUUACUUUCAGCAAGAAGGUGGUCAUUGCGUUGCGUGUAAUUGUAAUGAAAUCGGGUCAAGAAGCAGACAAUGCAACAAAGAGGGUAAAUGUCAGUGUAAACCUGGUGUCACCGGUGAGAAAUGCGAUCGUUGCGAACGGAAUUUUUACGAUUUCGGACCCGAAGGAUGUAAACCUUGCGGAUGCGUCGUCGGAGGAAGUUUACGAAACGAACCACAUUGUGAUCCCUCGACCGGAACGUGUCUCUGUAAGGAAAACGUCGAAGGGAAAAGGUGUCAAGAGUGUAAACCGGGAUUUUUCAAUUUGGAUGUUGAAAAUGAAUACGGAUGCACGCCUUGUUUCUGCUACGGACAAUCGUCCGUUUGUAAAUCCACGUCGGGAUAUUCAAAAGUCGUAAUCGAAAGUUCAUUCGCUAGAAGCAAUGAAAAAUGGUCGGCUGCAGAUUAUUCGAAACAUCCGGCUCCAGUCAGUUACAAUGGAAUUUCUCAAACCAUCGGCGUGCAAUCUCAAGGUCAUGAGCCAAUUUAUUUUCUGGCUCCGCAAAAAUUUUUAGGCGAUCAAAGAGCGAGUUAUAAUCAGGAUUUGGAAUUCAAACUUAGGAUUGGAGAAACGAACGCUGCUCCGACGGUCGAAGACGUCAUGUUACAAGGCGCGGGUUUGUCAAUUAGCCAACCGAUAUUCGGUCAAAACAAUCCUCUUCCGUCCGCCCAAGUGCAAAAUUAUAAAUUUCGUUUGCACGAACAUUCCGAUCACGGAUGGCAACCCAGGUUGUCUUCGCGAGAUUUCAUGUCCGUCUUGGCAAAUUUAACUGCCGUGAAAAUUAGGGGAACAUAUUUUCCUCAGGGAGUUGGAUUUUUAGACGAAGUUAAAUUAAAAACAGCCAGACGAGGAGCUGCGGGACAACCCGCGAAUUGGAUAGAAACCUGCACGUGUCCCUCGGGUUACAUAGGACAGUUUUGUGAAAGUUGCGCUCAUAAAUACAGGCAUGAACCCCCCAACGGAGGACCCUUUGCUCGAUGCGUUCCUUGUAAUUGUAACGGUCACGCUGAUAGCUGCGAGGAAAAUACAGGAAGAUGUAUUUGUCAGCACAAUACCGAAGGUGAAAACUGCGAAUUAUGUGCCAGAGGAUUUUACGGUAAUUCUUUGGAAGGAACUGCUGAUGAUUGUAAACCGUGUCCCUGUCCGAACAAAGGAGCUUGCAUUCAAAUAGGUCCGGGUGAAGAUAAUAUCGUUUGCUUGGAGUGUCCUCUCGGUUACGGUGGGCCCAGAUGCGACCUGUGCAGUGACGGAUAUUUUGGAGAUCCUAAUGGAAAAUUCGGAGAGGCUCAAAAAUGUCAACCGUGUGAUUGUAAUACGAACGUCGAUCCUAACGCUGUAGGAAACUGUAACAGAACAACGGGAGAAUGUCUUAAAUGCAUUUACAACACGGGGGGUCCGCAGUGUGACCAAUGUUUACCUGGUUUUUACGGAGAUGCCUUAGCCAUUCCAAAAGGCGAUUGUAAAAUGUGUCAGUGCUACAGAGCAGGUACGAUGGAAACGGACGGCGGUCCGCCAUUGUGCGAUCAAUUGACCGGACAAUGUCAUUGUAAACCUCACGUUCAGGGGGUUAAUUGUGACGUUUGCGAAGAUGGUUAUUUCAACAUCGUCAGUGGAGAAGGUUGCGAAUCCUGUUCUUGCGAUCCCAUCGGAGCAAUAAACAAAACGUGUGACAUAACAACCGGGCAAUGCAUGUGUCGCGAAGGAAUCGUCGGAAAGAGGUGCGAUAUGUGCGCUCCGUAUCAUUAUGGAUUUUCCGAAGAAGGGUGCAAACCUUGCGAUUGUGAUUUAAUUGGAAGUAGCGACCUACAAUGUGAUACUUCGGGUCAAUGUCCGUGUCUCGAAAACGUUGAGGGUAGACGUUGCGAUCGGUGUAAGGAAAACAAAUACGACCGUCAAAGAGGUUGUCUAAAUUGUGAGCCUUGCUAUAACCUGGUCCAAGAUGCAGCUAAUGCCCAUCGCGUCAAACUUCGAGAACUUGAAAAAUUAUUAGACGACAUUGCAAACAGUCCGACGGUCAUAGACGACGCAGAUUUCGAAGAUAAAUUAAGAGAAGUGCAAGCAAGCGUCGAGGCUUUGGAAAAGGAGGCUAAAUACGGAAUCGGAGGUGGAAACGAAAGCGUUUUAUCCGAAAGAUUAUCGGAAGUUUCGUCUCGGCUUCAACACGUGAAAGAAAUGAUAGAUGAAGUGAAUGACUAUCGUAUGAAAGCAGACGUCACGAUCGAACACGGUCAAAGCAACGUGACUCUCGCGAGAGAAAUAGUCGAUCGAACGCGAGAACAUUUGCAACAAGCGUUGGAAUUCGUUCAAGCCGAUGGAUUUUCAGCUCUUCAAAGAGCUCUGGAAAGAUCCGACGAAUUCGGACAACAAAACAAACAAAUGUCGGAAAUCUCGCAAGAAGCUCGACAUUUGGCAAACGAGCAUGAAAAGGUAGCCGAAUUGAUUGGUCAGAUAGCGGAAAAAUCCGAAAACAUAUCGACGGAAGCGUAUCAAAUAUCAAAGGACGCCGUGAAAAGGCAAAGAAACACGACGGAUGAAUUGGAAAAUUUCAAAAGCGAAAUCGGACGAAUGGAAGAUCGUGUCAAUGCGAUAAAAGCCGCAGCAGAAGACGCUCAAAAUUCUGCCGAUCAGGCGCAAUUGGAAGCACUCGGAGUUUACCAAGAAAUUUACGAUUUGCAACUUCCGGAAAUAAAAGCGGAAAAGUUAAAAGAAGAAUCGGAAUUUUUAAUUAAUUCGGCGAGGAAAAUUAAAAAAGAAGCAGAAGAUUUAAUACUCGAUCAUACGGAAACGUGGGAAGAAUUAUUGAAACAAAUUCAAGAAUCUCAGUUUUUACUCGAACAAGGAGAAGAACAACAAAACGUCGCCAACGAUUUACUUGCGAAUGCUGACGUCGCACGAAAUAAAGCAAAAGAAGCCGUGAAACUCGGUGAACAAACGAUAAAAGAAGCUCAGGAUACUUUUACUAUUUUGACAGAUUUCGAAAAGAAAGUGGAAGAUUCGAAGGACAAAGCGCAAGAAGCACUCGCCAUGGUCGACGACAUUGUCAACAUGAUUGAUUUAGCCGCGAAUAAAACGAGAGAAGCGGAAGCCGCUCUACAGGGAGCCGAAAAAAAUGCUCAAAUUGCGAGAGACGUGGCAAAAGAAGCACAAUCGAAAUACGCCGAAGAAGCAUCGAAGGAAGCUCACGACAUAAAACGAGAAGCGGAAGAAACGAAAAAGAAAGCAGGAAGAUUACGAGACGAAGCUGAUAAUUUAUCGGGUCGCGUUGCCGUCACGGAAAGCAGAUUGAAAAAACUCGAAGAAAAAGCAGAAUUGGACGAAGCGUUGACGGCGGAAGCGAAGAAAAAAGUCGGACAAACGAAAAUAAGCGUCAACGAAGCUUCGAAACAAGUACAAAAAGCUCUCGCGGAUGUCAACGACAUUUUAGGCGAACUCCAAGAUCUUUCCGAUGUCGAUGAAAAUUCACUCAACGAUUUGGAAAGAAGGUUAGACGAAGCAGAAGAAGAAGUAUUAGAUUCGAAAUUAGAUGAAAUGAUGCAAUUUUUAAAAGAGGAAAAAAUGUCGCAGUCUCAAUUAAUGGGCCAGUAUCAAGAUGAAGUUGAUAGAUUAAGAGAAGAAGUUGCAAAUAUAGAAAAAAUAGCAGGUUCGUUGCCGGAAGGAUGUUUCAAACGGGGUAUUAAUUUGGAAUUGUAA